AUGGUCGCACCUUCGUUUGAGAGUCUGUCUGCCGAAGCGCAAAGACCAGCUGCCGAAUUUUCAGCGACGAACGGCAACUUCAAACCAGUGCAAAAGUCCGAUGAAAAUAUGAAUGAGGUAUUCGCAGGUGUAACGAAGUCAGAUACAAUUUGGCAAUCUCCGAAUGACCAUGAAAAAAACGAGGAGCUUGAAGAACUUCAACGGAAAGUAUGGAACAAGUCUCCUAAUGUAAUUAUGAGCAAAACAAUCACAGGUAAAAUAACUUACAAGCGUUAGUACCAUUUUCAUUUUGUGCAAUAAAAAUUGCAGAGAAAGGUCUUAUUCCUGGAAUAGUUGGACUGGAAGAUAAUAAUUGAACCGAGAGGUUGAAGCUUUGACAUAAAGCCGGAUGAACUAGAUUCUCCUUCUGCUUCUUGCAACCACAGUCAUUCUCCCCUAAUUGGUGUCCCCAAAUUAGUAAGGGAUUUGUUCCCUGGCUAGACGGUUUUUGACACUUUAAUAAAGUUUCUAUUCUAUUCUAUUCUAUUCUAUAUUCAAUUUGCGCCGAAGAAGGGGUGCACAAAUACUGAAAUGAGAGAAAUUAACCUAUUAAAAAAGGAAGAUGAAAUAAACGAACGUGCGGCCUUUCGUGCAACAUUACUAGUAACAUGUUUUACUCGCGUGAGCACACGCCGCGCACAUUGCGGAACGACUUGUGCAAGGCGUUUGGCCAGUAGUUAAAAAAUAAUUUGAAAUUUGAUUGGCUGAAGAUUGAAAGUCACGUAAGUCGGACAACUGCAAUCAGGGCGUGACUGCGAUAGCGUAAUAAUCUCAGUGGGGAUUACAUGUACACGAAGUAAUGUCUUGCGCCCGGUCCUUUUGAAUUGUUGUCGGCCCUAGGAAAAGUUUCACACAACCUAUUGCGUAGGAAUGAUAGUAUUUAUUCUGGAAGAAAGCGUUUUACCAGAAUUUGUACUGAGGACAGAAUCACAACCGGUUGCUAAUGGUUUUCUGUUGGAAGGCCGCUCAUAAACAUCCCCGCCUUUGUAAGUGUCCAGAGUAUUACGCCCAGCUAAAUCAGUUGGGCGACGUUGUCGAUUGACGUGCAGUUCUGUGCUGUUACUCAGGACAAAAACGAAGACCAUUUCAUUGCCAGCGAAAGAAUGAGACUACCCAUUUUUGAUACUUCAAAGACGAAGAGACCGGAAUUCCCGGCCUGAUAAACCGGUUCAAAAGGACACGAUUUGGGUCAAAAUGUUUCAUGACAAAAUAAAUGAAGAAAAAUCUAAAUUAUGAGGUGCUCAAUGUUCCUACAUUGUUGACCCACAGCAAUUAUAUAUCUGUUAGAGCGUUAGAUUAACCCCUUACUGUUGUUUUGUAAUGCAUUGAUAGGUAGCGAAUUCGAGACUCCAUCGGGCACAUUAACAACGUUGCGCAUACGCACACAUAGUCAGGAAAACGGCAGUCCUCCAAGGAAAAGUCCUGUAUAUUGUUUUCAUUCCUUCACGUACGGCGUGGGAGAAUCAGUCGAGGGUGAAGUCGACGAAAGUGGGCCUUCCGCUCAGACCUCUUCUAUUUGGAAGGAUCAAAGUUAUGAUGGUGAUUCUCCAAACGUUUGGCACACGAGAACUGUAGUUGAAUCUGAGGAGGACAACGGAUCACCUACAUUCCGCUGUGCAUGGACGUGGGAAAUUGAAACAGGUGACUUUGCUAAGAGUACAUAUGUUGUGUAAGCAGUAUAAAAUAGUUACUUCUAAAAUAGCUUUCCGUUAGGCUUGAAUGCUAGUUUUUUAGUGAGUUAUCAUGGAUCUAGACAAUAUUCACAUUGUGUGGCAAACGCAGACUUCACGUAAAUUGCGUAAGACAUUAGGGAGCUUAAGCAACAGCGUUUUUGAGCGACGGACGUCAACCGGAAGUGGACUUUUUGCAUCAUUGGGCAGUGGUUUGGUUGAAACUCUCGGGUAAAUCGUCUUUAAAAGAGAAAAGAAACUCAGCAAUACAAGUUUGUUAGCGUCAAGGCAUAUAAAAAGGGAGAAGGCCUCACUUCCGGUUGACGUGCGUCGCUCAAAAACGUCUUUGCUUAAGGUCCCUAAUGUUGUGAAAUGCUCUUACAACUAUUAUCCUAUUCUUUUUAAGGGGGCUGGUUAUUCAUAAAACGAACUCUAACUUAGACCACAGUUUACGGCAAUUCAUACUGGACUUACAAAUCUCUUCUUAAGAGAAGUGGAUUAUUCCUUAAAUCACAAAAACCGAAUCUAAUAAAUGUUUCAUUAUAAAUUGCUUUAAAGAAAAUAACGACAAACAUAAUCACACAGGAGUCAGUUAGACAGCAUUGCUCUUGAAAAGUAUACAGUUGUUUGCUAGCAGAUACCUAACUGGAGGGAGUCCUAACCAAGCUGUAGGUGAUGACGAUUAACUAAGCUGUAACUAAGCUGUAGGUGACGACGAUUUUCAAAUUGAUUUUUCAAAUUGAUUGAAGGCUCUCAGCAAAUGAGAACACAUAUAGAGGGCACACUGUAAAAUAAUUUAAAAAGUCAAAUGGAGUGGAGCGCGUUUAAAAAUGGUAGAUAAAAAAGUCGUAGAGGAAAAUAUUGACCGCUUAUAUCAAAUUCUGUAUAAAAAUCAAAUAACUUCUCGUUUUCAUAUUCAUCGGCCAAAGAAACUGGCACUGCUGCCUCCUCGUAUGAAUUAAAGGAGGACGUCAGCUACACCUCUGGUAAGAUUAAAACUCACGGAAAGACGGCACUAAUCUCUGAACAAGAAGAGAAUGAGAAUUCAGCGGAAUACAGCUGCACCAAGAAGAAAAUAAAGAUGACAAUAAGGAGGUUGUCGCCUGAAGGAGCAGAAUAUAACGCUGCAGAUGAUGGAGAUACCGAGAGUUAUCUCAUGGUACCUGACAAGCUAGUUGUUGCAGAAGCACAGCGGCGGGAUACCCUGUCGAGUAAUCUGGGGCGCAGCCCGUCAGGACGCAUAACUGAAGAUGGAAAGGACUACUGGACAUCACAAGAUUCCUCAGAAAGUAAGGGAAUUAAUCACGGG